GUUGCUCUCUGUAGUUUGCUUAAAAGUACCUUUGAUGUAAAACUGUACUGUUGUGAAUUUUGGUGACUUUUUUUGUUUAGAAUAAAAAAAAUGAUAGGCGGCAGAGGACCGAUAGUUACUGUGCACCGUACAACAGGAGGUGACAAAGGAAUAAAAUGUUGUUGCUGCAUGUGCUGUACGUGUUUCAAUUGGACGUUUUUGAAAACGCAGCAUGGAAUAUUAAAAAUAGUUGAAGUUAUUUUAGGGUUCUUCUGCCAAACGCUCGCGAUCAAUUAUGGACUAGGCUACGAUGGAGCAAUCGGAAAGUCAUACCACAGCUUUCUCACAACAUGCUCGUGGAGUUUAAUGACGUCGAUUAUAUUGCUAUUCUGUUACGUAUUUUCAGAAAAGUCCAUCUCCCUUAUCCGCCAAUCAUUUUUCGAGACGGCGUUUAAUAUAACAGCUUGUGUUAGUUUUUUAAGUGCGUCGUCCUAUUUGGGCUUCGCUGUGAAUGCUUUCCUCUACCCGAUGUACAUAAUAACACCAUUCUUCCAAGUGUACCCAGCGAUGACAGCGGCUUACGUUUUGGGAUUCAUUUCCGGAGCUGUGCAUGGAUACGACGCUUAUAAGUCCUAUCGAUAUUUUAAAGGCUAUAGAUAACGUUAGGAAUAAUUAGGAAUGUGUAUUUUGCUUGUGGUUGGAGGAAUGUAAAUAAAUAUUGUAUUUUCUACUUAGGUAUUUAUAAUGAUCUUCUAAACAUAAAAUUUAUGUGCAUAU